UUAUCUUUUGCAGAGAGUAAAAUGUACGCAGGUACAAACAACUCUUUUAUUUGUAUCGUAGCUAGUUUUGUCGAUUAGAAAUAAAAUUAUUAAAGAUGAGUGAAACAAUAUUAUUGUGUACACCCGAAGAAGUUCUAUGGAAACUCACAGAUCAAAAAAUAUUCAUUCAAUUGCGAGAUAUAUUCAAAAGUGCCGAAAAUGAUGGCGGUGUGGAUAAAGAAGCAUUCAUCCACAUGAUCACAACAGUAUGGAAUGAUGAAACAAAUAUUACCGAAGCCCAAAUCUUAGACUUAUUCAACAAAAUAAAUAUUCAUGAAGCGCCAAAAAUCACAUGGGACAAUUUCCUAGACUUUAAUCUAAAAGCUCUGCAGCCAAAAUCCGAAAAUCCCCUUCAACUAGGCGAGAUAACCUACAGACAACCGAAAGAAUUAAAACGUGACGCAAUCGUGAAAAUAGUCCUACUCGAAACAGAUUUGUACUUUUCCUACGCACUGCUCGUCAAGUAUGGGAAAAUUCUCCUACUGGACGCUGAAUUUAAACACUUGACGUCUUACCAAGUGAUUAUGACCCGCGAGGAUCAAUUUCGAAGCGCGCAGGACGCCCGGAAGCGUUACCGGUGGUUAACCGAUGCUGUUUUCCUUGCGGAUGUUAAUAUGUUUAUCGUUGUUAAUUCCACGCGUAGUAUGACUAUAUACGACGCAUCCGGGUUGAAACACGUGCCAUUAUGGCACAUUUCAGGAUUUCCAAACAUAAUUCAAGUUAUAUUAUACAAUGAUAGAAAAAAAUCGUUAUUAUUAGGCAUGGAUAAUGGUGAAAUUGCUAUGUUGACGUUUUUUAACGCCAAGGAUGAUUUACUACCGAAGAAACACCAGGAUAAAAUGUCGUUUUAUUAUUUUCUGGAAUUGGGUGCAUUUAAAGAUUAUAUUCAAUAUAAAUCUAUAGGAAUAUUCCAUUCAAAAGUUGCCUAUACUACACGACAUGAAAAAUCAAAAUCUGCAAAUUAUUUUAACCUCAACAAACCGCUAGAAACAAUCCGCGCUGGAAAAACAGGCAUAGUUGAUAUUGUUAUAUUCGAAACUCUUGAAAUGUUCAUUUGCUGUUCGAGAGACGCCGAAUUACGAUUUUAUGAUCUUACAGAAUACAAAAAUCUGCAAAACGUGAAAUUAAACUUCGAAUGUUUCGACAUUUUUAAGAUCCGCACACCUGAAUGGGGUGUAAAAUGCAUAUUUCCCGGCCCGAAACGCGCAAAUAUGACGCAAACAUGGGAAAGAAAUUGUUUACUCAUUACGUGUUGCAAUGCAUACGCAAAACUGGAUUUAUUUUACAUGGAUGGCCGCGAAAGACAUUUGCACGAUGACUUUUUACCUUCGCAACCAUUACAGAACUCUGUAUUAAUUCCGCAAGACUGGGAAACUUGCAAUGACAACAAAACUGUUAAUUAUGAUGAUUUAUCAAUGAGAAAUCACCGGAAUGAAAGUUUUGAAACACUUUGGGAUAGUUUAUUGAAGAUGGAUUUCAGCGCGAAGGAAAAAUCUGAUGUGCAUUCGAAGAUUGCGUUGUUAGAAGAAAGAAAAGCAAAGAUGAAAUGGGCAGUGGAACAUGGCGCCCCCUUCCUGGCCCUGCCGUUGUAUGAAGUUAAAGAAGUACAACUGCCAACGCGUCUGCCAAUAGUUGAUAAUAAAAAGACAAAAACUAUUGUUGAUAAGACACAGAAAUUAUUAAGCGAUGCUGUAUCGCAUACAAUUGUUUUUUCAGAUAUUUCUAGCUCGCGAACGUCGCGGAGUUCAUCGAAAUGUUCGAAAAGUUCAAGUAACUCAAAAAUUUCCAGUAAUCUAGGACGUUUGAGUCGUACUUCAUCACGCACUAGUAUUUUUGAGUUCGAAUAGUAUAAAAAUAUUAAUUUAUAAACUUACGAAUGUGAAUUUGUGUGCGUUAAUAAAAAAAAAGUAAAACGAAUUGAAUUUUAGGUUAGACGCGUCGGUUAGUAAUUUGAAUUCCCUAG